AUGUCACUCGCUGCCACCCUCCCCAGCUCGCCACAAGAUCUUUCGAACCUGGUAAUCCAAGCAUGUCUGGCAUCCCUGGGGAAGAAAAUCCCUUUGGUGUUAGGCGUCCAAAUCGUGACGCGAAUAAGGACUUGUAUUAUUGAACAUCCUCCGGGUGAAAAUGAGUUAGCUCCAUUGCUUACCAGUUUCUCCAGUCUCGUGUUUUUGUUACCCCGAUCGCAUGAGUUCAAUCGCCUAUUCAAUAAUAAGCAGUUUCUCACAAAGCUAGUACAGUACUCUAUAGCCCACAAAUUCGACCAUUCGCCUUAUAUUAUCGCCACUACUUAUUUGAGAGGUGACUUCUUGAAGGAAACUACCCUUUCAACAAAUAACGAUAAUGAAUCGUACGAUCUUUUCAUCCAAGUGAUCAUGGAAAACUUGGAGUUUGUGGAAAAUAUUGCCAUAAGAUUCACAACAGUUAUUGAUCAUGCAAUGGCAGCCAUUAAUUUACAAUUCUUGACAAACCUUUAUACAGUAUUACUUUAUCCUCCUCUUUGGUCUUAUUGUUUGACGUUAGCUCCUCAUAUAAGGCUGAGAGGCUUGGCCAAUAUUAUUUGUGAGAUGAUAUACCAUCAUAGAAUUAUUCCCAUGGCCACAUAUGGAACAAUUGUCGAAUCAUUUAGUGACAAUGCUACUAAACUCAUGGGGAUCUUUGAAAAACCGGAUUAUGAUUAUUCACAAGACACCACUUUCAAUGAAAAUUUGAAUGAUAUCUGCUCGGGGGUUAAAAAAUUCACAUUCUUCGAUAUUUCUGACAUGUCCGAACCCGAAAUUUAUGCCAAAUGUGGUUUCACAAACGAUUUGAAGUCCUAUAUUUUGCAAAAUUUUCUGGCAUCAACGAUAAUGACAAUUAAAGUGUUCAUCACCGCAACCUAUACUGAAAAGUUUGUUGCAGACGUUUCUAAACAGCACUGUUUGGCUAGUAGCAUGCCUCAAAGAUUUCCCACCAUCCGGUUUGUUUUGGAAAUUGCUUCAAUGUUACACACCAAGUUUUUCCACCCUUCCAACCCCAAUCAUGAGGUGGUGAAAAACUUUAUUAUAUAUGUUGAUGUAUUGUUGUUAGUUUUACUCCAAAAAGCCCUUGGAUAUUGGAAACAUUCUGAAGCCGGUAAUGACAAUCUUGAGGAUUGCCUGUUUAUAAUGAACCUAUUGAAAAUGGACUUGCAAUAUCUCAAUUAUAAUAUGGUAUCUGUUGGUGGUUUUAAUGCCGCAUUCAGUAAGUUGAAAUAUGAUCUCACUUAUGAUAAAAUCAGACAAGUUCAAAUGCGAUUUCUCAAAGAUGACCAGUACUUGGAUUACUUGAAUGAUAAAGAUUUCAAAAUGUAUAACAAAGCAUUGAUGGAAAGCGUGAAGAUGUUUAUCGUGAAUGAAAGAGUACUAGAAUUGACUAAAGGGAUGAUGUGUUAUACCAGGAAUCCACUCGAUAAUACAGGUAAUCCAGAUUCUUGCAGGGCUUUCUUUGCGAUUUCCCCCAAAGGGAAUUCUUUGGUUUAUGUAAAUUUACCACUGUAUAUGAGGGACGAUGAAGAAGAUAUCGAUAAAAUGCACAGCUUACUAGAUGGUAAAAACGCGAAACAUAUCUUUGUGAAAUCUAUCAAGAAAGUGGUGGCCGAAAAGCUCAGCUAUGGAAGAGACGUUUUGUUUGGGUCGAACUUUGGUGUAUCAACCGAUGCCAUCAAAUCAUUAGCGUUUCUUGGACAAAAGACUGCGGUCACAAGAAACCAGAUGUUCACAAAUAUGAAGAAGGUUGUCACAAAGAUCUCCUUGAUCAAUUAUUCUAAUAGAGAGUUUUUCACAUUCUAUACAGAUACCAACAGGGCUGCCACAUUAUGGACCGAUACUUUGAACUUGUUGGCGGAUAAUUUCCAACUCAAUAAGGUGACGGAGGAGACUCAGUCGCAUGUGGAAGAAUUGUUUGAUAUCAAAAGAACUUUGCAGUUUUUACCACUCGCAGACAUUUAUAACAAUAGAAUUGUUGACAUGUAUACCACUAGCGACUCUCAUUCUUUGGACUCUCAACAACAACAGGGGAACUUCUUACAAGUGAAAAACAUCAAUUUUGAUAUAAGUCCAUUAAUUGACACACACACUGGAUGGACCCUGGCACCCAUUAAAUCUAUGAAGCAUACAAUCAAUGAUAUAUAUCUGACCAAAGAAGAAGACAGUUUUGAGUAUUCUUACGAUGAAUUAGUGGAUGUCGCUAGUGGGUUUUACUAUUCUUAG